AUGGCCCAAAAGGUGGAAACAAAAGGAGGAAAUGGUGGCAACGAAUGGGAUGAUGGCACUUUCGACGGCGUUAGAAAGGUAUAUGUAGGAAAAGGCCAAGAUUGUAUAGCCUUCGUCAAGAUUGAGUAUGUCAAUGGUUCUCAAGUGGUGGUUGGAGAUGAACAUGGAAAUAAUAAGACAUCCCUACGAAUUGAGGAGUUCGAGGUUGAUUCAGAUGACUACAUCGUAUUUGUGGAAGGUUACCGUGACAAAGUUGAUGGGGUAGACACAGAAGUCAUCACGGAUCUUACAUUCAAGACUUAUAAAGGCAAAACCUCUCAACCUAUUGAAAAAAAACCCGGGACAAAGUUUGUGCUCCAAGGUGCCAAAAUCGUUGGGUUUCAUGGACGUUCGACGGAUGUUCUACACUCUCUUGGGGUCUAUAUUACCUUACCGUCCACUCCGAAAUUGCUUGGAAAGUGGAUAGAGGUGGAGCAAAAAGGAGAGGCUCGAGGGCUAAGAUGCUCACAUGGCAUAGCACAAGUAGGAAACAAGGUUUACUCCUUUGGUGGCGAGUUCACACCAAAUCAGCCCAUCGACAAAGACCUUUACGUCUUUGACCUCGAGACCCGGACUUGGUCCAUUGCUCCAGCCACCGGAGACGUUCCCCACCUCUCGUGCUUAGGCGUCCGUAUGGAGUCAAUUGGAUCAACCCUAUAUGUCUUUGGAGGCCGAGACACCUCCCGACAGUACAACGGUUUCUACUCGUUCGACACGACCACGAACGAGUGGAAACUGCUUACUCCUGUCGAAGAAGGACCCGCUCUUCGUAGCUUCCACUCGAUGGCAGCCGAUGAGAACAACGUUUAUGUUUUCGGUGGAGUGGGUGCUACGGCUAGGAUCAAGACACUAGAUGCUUACAACAUCGUUGAUCACAAGUGGAAGCAAUGUUCGACCCCGGGAGAUUCCAUGACCGCAAGAGGAGGAGCCGGGCUCGAAGUGGUGCAAGGGAAGGUAUGGGUUGUGUAUGGAUUCGACGGAUGUGAAACAGAUGAUGUUCAUUACUACGAUCCUGUUGAAGACAAGUGGACAAAAGUGGAAACACAUGGUCAGAAGCCUUCAGGGAGAAGUGUGUUCGCUAGUGCAGUUAUUGGGAUAUACAUAGUGAUAUUUGGAGGUGAGAUUGCCAUGGACCCACUAGCUCACGUGGGUCCAGGUCAAUUGGUGGAUGGGACUUUUGCGUUGGAUACAGAGACGUUGGUGUGGGAGAAGUUGGAUAAGCUUGGGGAAGAGGUGGUGAGUCCGAAUAUCAGGGGGUGGUCCGCGUCCACGACUGGGGCCAUUGAUGGUAAGAAAGGGCUUGUGAUGCUUGGUGGCAAAGCUCAAACCAAUGACCGGUUUAGUGAUCUCUUCUUUUAUGGAGUAGACUCUGCUUAA